AUGGCGGUGACGGACGACGCCAAGAAGGCGCGGAAGCGCAGUGCCGACAAGACGUACGCCGCUGCCAAUGCAGAAAGAAAGCGAGCGCGCGACAAGAUGUACUACGCUGCCAACAAGGAGAAGAUUCUACUCAAGGUCAAGGCAUAUCAGGCGGCCAACAAGGUGCAAAUGCGGAGCCGCAAGAAGGCCUACUACGCUGCCAACAAAGAGGCGCUCGUGGCCAAGAGCAAGGCGUACAAGAAGAUGCACCGAGCCCAAGAGCGCGUGAAGGCGAAGGAGUACCGCCAGAAGAACAAGCAAGUCCGCCAGGUCCAGGACAAGGCGUGGCGCAUGGCGAACCGGGCGUAUAAGAACGCAUACGACCGAGCCGUUCGGGCGAGAAAGAAGGUAAUCGCGGCUGGCAAGGUCCCACCACCGCUGCCCAAGCUCGCCGACUUUGGGGCGCAACGCAAAGCCUCUGGUCGCAUUGGUCCUGCGGCGUCAACGGAUGCGGCCUCAGAGCUUCCCGAAGAAGAAGACGACGCGCCCCAUCCCUUGGCCGCGACCACCAAGAAGGUCGGCAUGGUCACAUUCACCAACGAGCAUCCUUUCAACAUGCGCAAGCGUGGACCCGAGCCGUGUUGCGACGAGUGCGCCAAGUUCCAACCAAAUGCGCUCACGUCGGCCACCAACACGGUGAUUUUGGCGGGCACGUACCAGUGUACGUUUUGCCGCGACUGGACGUACUACAAACUCCACCGCAAGUACAAGCGCACCCGCGCCGACGCCCGCCUCGACGCUACCAACCCGGCGGGUGCGCGACAAAACAUACUCCACGAUGCCACCCGCGUUGCCGUCUCGCGCACGAUGCAGGAGCGCGAUGGUGACGUCAAGGUGCAAGUGCUCGCACGCCCCUUGCGUGAGCUCGAUGCCGUGCCCACUUGCUUACCCUAA